AUGGCAGGUUCGCAAGUCGGUGAAGAGGCCAUCGAGGUGCGCUGCAGUCCCAAUAGUGAUCUGGAAAGCGCAGCGUCACGUCCAUCGUCGCAGCGCAGCAAUGGCUUCGACCGAAAAGACGCCGGAAAGACGGUACGACCCAUUGACGAGCGCCCCUUGGUGCCGGAUCAAAAGGCGUCUUGGCUUAGCAUGCUGCUUUUCAUGUGGGUUUCUCCCAUCAUGCGCCUCGGCUUCAAGCGAACGCUGCAAAAGGAAGACAUGUGGCGCUUGGAUUCCAGCCGACAAGCAGAGGCGCUUGGGGAUGAUCUUGAGUCCUUCUUUUACGAUCGGUGCGCUCCACGCAGGAAACCCCUGGCCGUCAAGCAACGAGAAGCCGCAGCUGCGCGCUUGUCGGACUUCAAAGUGGGGGCUAAGCAAAAAGUACCCUUGCGAUCGCGAAAAGAUUUCACCACACCCUUCUUUGAGCCAAAAGCCAAGUACGACGAGUCACUGACGUGGGCGCUUCACAAGCUCAUUUGGAAGAGGCUCUGGCUUGCAGGCUUCCUGAAAUUGCUUGCGGAUGGUCUGACAGUCACGUCGCCGCUCGUCACGAAGGCCCUGCUUGACUACAUCGGGCAGGCCUACGUGUAUGCGAAUACUCCGGACGCAGCCGCAGUGCUCCCAAAGCCCCCAAGCCAAGGGACAGGAUGGGGUCUCGCCAUCGGUCUCUGGGGUAUGAUGCAAGCCUCCUCCCUGCUUACCAAUCAGUUUUUCUACUCGGCUAUGUAUUGUGGACUGCAGAGCCGGGCCUCCCUAACCUCCAUCCUGUUCCGCAAAGGGCUACGCCUGUCAUCCAAGAGCAGGCUGAAGCAUACCACUGGCAGAUUAGUGACUGCAGUGUCGACGGACGUCACACGGCUUGAGACCUUGUACAUGUACGCCCACGAUGCUUGGCUGGGUCCGAUACAGAUCGUUGUGACCCUCGCGCUCCUAAUCAACAAUUUGGGGCCAUCGGCUCUGGUAGCGCUUGGAGUCAUCAUCUUCUUCACACCCUUUCAAGCUGUCAUUGUCAGCCGGAUGGUCAAAGCAAGGGCAGAUGCGGUCAAAGUGACAGAUAAACGUGUCAGCCUGAUGCAGGAAAUCCUUCAAGGUAUCAAGCUAAUCAUCCUCUUUGAGCAUCGACAAGCAUAUGCGGAGAAGGUCAGCAGCCUGCGAAGCAGAGAAAUUCACUUCAUACGGUCACACGCCAUCUGGUCUUCCUUGACCUUUAUGCUCUUCUACGCCAUGCCUAUCAUCAGUGCGACCCUCACUUUCAUGACCUACAAGCUCUCUGGUCACGACUUGGAUCCUGCAAUUGUGUUCAGCAGUCUGCAGCUCCUCAACAUCAUCAAAACGGCCCUGGUCACGGGACCGCUUGCCAUAUCUUCGCUUGCAGACGCUCAUGUCGCUCUUGGCCGCAUCUCCAAAAUCCUUCUCAGCGAAGAGAAUGCGGAGGAGAACAUACUCAAAGGUGAUCCAUCCGGAGAGCCGAAGCAUCAGUCAGAUCACGACCUUGAUGAAGAGAUAGGUCUUUCAAUCAAAGGCACGUAUGCUUUCGAAAGUGUGGGCCCGCCCAAGGCAAAGCUCGACGAGAAUGGUAAAGCCUUUGGUGCUACAAGCAGCGCGGCUGAUAAGCCUACGAAAGAACAGAUGGCGGAGCAGAAGGCGGCUGCAAAGGCAGAGAAGGAGUGUCAACAACGCGUCAAUGCGCGACGCAAAGCGCGCCGAGCUCGCGAAGAGGCUGGUGAAGACGUGUUCACUGAGGAUGAAGAGGAAGAAAGUGAGGAGGCUACGGACAGCCCAGAAGGAGCUUCCACAGAUCUUUCAAAGCCCUUUGAACUCAAAGACCUACAGCUUGAGGUGGGCCUAGGCAAAUUGACGGUGGUCUGUGGACAGAUCGGCUCCGGCAAAAGCGCUCUGUUGCAGGCUCUUGUUGGGGAUAUGCGAAAGGUCGAAGGCGAGACGCAUUUUGCAGGUCGGGUUGGCUAUCAUCCCCAGCAUGCCUGGAUCCAAAACAUGUCUUUGCGCGACAAUGUCAUCUUCGGAGCGCCGGUUGACCAGGCACGUUUUCAAGACGUGGUCGAGGCGUGCGCUUUGCGCCAAGACAUCGACAUGCUUCCGGAUGGGGAGCUUACCGAGCUGGGAGAACGCGGAGUGACCGUCUCGGGUGGACAAAAAGCUCGCAUCUCGCUAGCACGCGUUGCGUACUCUGAUUCCGACGUGAUUUUAAUGGACGACCCCAUCUCGGCUGUAGAUGCUCACGUUGGUAAGCACAUCCUUCAAAAGUGCAUUCUCUCGGGACCAAUGAAGCACAAGACACGUCUGCUGGUCACGCAUGCUUUGCACGUCUUUCCCUUUGCCGAUGAGAUCGUCUAUAUGGAAGAAGGACGAAUCAUCGAGAGAGGCUCAUAUGCGGAUCUAGUGGAACACGGCCAGCGCUUCUCGCAACUCGUGCACAAGUACGGCGGGCAGAAGGAGAAAGUCGAGGCGGCUGAUACGGGUGAGAAGAAGAAGGUGACAGUAGACAUGCAAGGCCAGGAAAAAGCUGCGGCCCAGCAGCUGACGUCAGACGAAGAGAGAGCUCAGGGAGCAGUAGGCCUGAACGUGUACGUCAAGUAUAUCCGCGCAACCGGAUCUUUGUGGCGCGUGCCAUUCUUCUUGGUGCUCUUGACCCUCACCGAGUGCAGCCAGGUCGGCAACUCCGUUCUACUCGGCUUGUGGUCGCGAGAGGGCAUCGAUGGCUGGUCUGAGGGACAGUACCUGGGUCUGUACGCUGGAUUUGGAGCAGCGCAGGCAGUCUUCAACUUUCUAGCAACAUUGACGUUCUAUUACGCUGGCUUGUACGCCUCUCUUCACCUGUUUCGCGGUGCUUUCCGCGGAGUCCUCUGGAGUCCUUUAGGUUUCCACGACGUAACGCCUGUGGGCAGAAUCAUCAGUCGUCUUUCAAAAGACGUGGAUCAGUUGGACUACGAAUUACCGAUGCACGGUUUCUCGUUCCUCAUUCUACUGGCUUCUGUUUUUGGCACCGUCGGAUUGACCAUUUAUGCUUACAACUGGCUUGGGCUCAUGUUCCCGCCUCUAUUUGCUCUGUAUCUAAUCGUGCAAACCUAUUAUCGCCGGACUAGUCGGGAGGCGAAACGCCUCGAGUCCAUCCUGCGCUCCUUCCUCUACGCCAGCUUCAUGGAGGCGCUAGAUGGCAUCGCUACUGUUCGCGCUUUCAAGGCACAAGAGCGCUUUGUAAACACUAUCCAGACACUCGUAGACACUACCAAUUCCGCAUACAUGGUGACGAUUGCGGCGCAAAGAUGGCUCUCCGUUCGGGUCGAUGCGAUCGGCAACGUCAUCAUCCUCGGCAUCGGUCUUGCGUCUGUAGGUUUUCGCGAAUCGCAGAAUCCAGCCACACUCGGUGUGGUUCUCUCGUACGCAACAAACAUCACCACAUUACUUUCCUCAAUCGUCGCGAUCUUUGCAGAGGUCGAGACGCAAAUGAACUCUGUCGAGCGGCUGCUCCACUACACGACGCUCUCGCCAGAGGGUCAGGACCACUUGCCGCAAGAUCCCUCCGGGCAGGAAUGGCCUCUGCGUGGCGCGAUCGAUUUCGAAAGCGUCCAAUUACGAUAUCGCGAAGGCUUGCCUCUCGUUCUCAACGGCUUCAAUGCUUCCAUUCGCCCCGGCGAGCGCAUCGGGAUUGUUGGACGGACAGGUAGUGGCAAAUCAACCUUGCUGGCUGCUUUGUUCCGCACGGUAGACUUGGCAGGAGGAAGCAUUCGGAUCGACGGCAUCGACGUCAACAAGAUCGGUCUCGCCACGCUCAGACACAGACUUGCCAUCGUUCCUCAAGACACGUACAUUUUCGAGUCCACUCUUCGAGACAAUCUUGAUCCGACGGGCAACGCGACGGAUCAAGCGCUCAACGCCGCGCUUCGAGCCGUCGGACUGCUACAACCUUUACAAAGCCAGUCCGAUGUCGAUGAGCACAUUGAAGGGGAGGUCAUCGAGGAACCCGAGUCCAGCGCUGCCCUCCAGCCAUCUUCGCCGUCACAGGCUGACAAGACGCCGAGCGCUGCAGCGGUCCGCUUUCAGCUGGAUCUGCACUGCCGACAGGAUUCUUUCUCGGCGGGACAAAAGCAGCUGGUAGGUCUUGCGCGCGCGCUGGUCAAAAAUUCUCGCAUCAUCGUCCUGGACGAAGCGACGGCCUCAGUAGAUGCGGAAGCGGACGCCAACGUUCAGCACAUGAUCCACACGCUGCGAAAGCGCACGCUUCUGAUCAUCGCGCACCGUUUGCACACGGUUGCAGCGGUGGAUCGCAUCCUCGUCAUGAACGAUGGGCAAGCGGUGGAGUUCGACGCUCCCCUGACCCUUUUUGAUCGGCAAGAAUCCACUUUCAGAGAUAUGUGCGAUCAGGCAAACCUCACUAGGGGGAUGAUCAUGGAGGUUCAAGCAGCUGCGGCGAGUGCGGCUAGUCGAUUCGAUGGGUUGCAUCAAAGUCGUGAGCGCGCCAAUCAGCAAGAUAGCUCCCCGUAG